AUGUCCUCUGAAUCACUUGAGACUCUUGUUCAAGAAUGGCUUCGUCUUGACAAGAACGAAGAAACCCGCAAUGAGAUUCUUGAACUUCAAAAAGCCAACAAUGUUGAGGAACUCAAGAAGCGUCUCGUCAACCGUAUUGAAUUCGGUACUGCUGGUCUUCGUGCUAGAAUGGAAGCCGGCUUCUCCCGAAUGAACGACUUGACCGUCACCCAGGCUUCUCAGGGUCUUGCCAAAUACAUUGAAGCAACUGUGACUGAUGCCAAGUCGCGUGGUGUUGUCAUUGGCCACGAUCAUCGUCAUCACUCUGAAAGCUUUGCUCGCUUGACCGGCGCUGCUUUUAUUCAACGUGGUUUCAAGGUCUGGUACUUUAAGGAUUUGGUCCAUACCCCUCUUGUUCCCUAUACUAUCAAGAAGCUCAAGGCUGCCGGUGGUGUCAUGAUCACCGCUUCACAUAACCCCAAAGAUGACAACGGUUACAAGGUGUACUGGGAAAACGCUUGUCAAAUUAUUCCUCCUCACGAUGAAGGUAUUGCCGCCACGAUCCUUGAAAAUCUUGAACCCUGGACCUGGGACUACGAAUUGGUCAACAAGAGCGAUCUGUGCUCGGAUCCUACCGAUGAAGGUGUCAUUGACUCGUAUUUCGAGGAAGUCAGUGCGUUGUGCAAGUUCCGCGAAGACAAUGAAAAGACGCCUGUCAAGUUUGUGUACACGGCCAUGCACGGUGUAGGUUAUCCUUUCGCCAAGCGUGCUUACGAAUGCUUUGGUCUGCCUCCUUUCAUCACCGUGGACAAGCAGCUUCACCCUGAUCCCGAUUUCCCUACUGUGGCUUUCCCCAAUCCCGAAGAAGGCAAGGGUGCUUUGAGCUUGGCCAUUGAAACCGCCGAAAAGCAUAAUGCAAACAUCAUUUUGGCCAACGAUCCCGAUGCUGACCGUCUUGCUAUUGCUGAAAAGCUUCCCUCAGGUGAAUGGCGUCUGUUGAGCGGCAAUCAAAUUGGUUCAGUGCUUGGUGCGGCGUGCUUGGAGAAGGCGGUGGCUGCUGGUAAGCCCAAAGACAAGUUGGCCAUGGUCGCCAGUACGGUGUCGUCGAAAUUCUUGGCCCGCAUGGGUGAAGUCGAAGGUUACCGUUUCGAAGAAUCCUUGACCGGUUUCAAGUGGAUUGGUAACACGGCCAUGAACCUUGAAAAGGAAGGUUACGAAGUGGUGUUCUCAUUCGAAGAAGCCAUUGGUUUCACGGUGGGUGAUAUCGUCAAGGACAAGGACGGUGUGAGCGCUCUGGCCUUUUUCUCGGAAUGGGCCACUCAGUUAUACAAGCGUGGUUUGACCGUCUACGAAUACUUGGAAACCUUGUACAAGAAAUACGGCUAUUUUGUGUCUGACAACUCGUACUUUAUCUGCAACGACAAGGAAUUAAUCAAGAAGAUCUUCCAGCGCAUCCGAUUUGGUGAUGAACCUGCCAAGGAAACCGCCGGUGCAUACGAAUACAAGCUUGCGUAUCCCGAAACCAUUGGUGGCUACAAGGUGACGUCUGUGCGUGAUUUGACAAUCGGUUACGAUUCGAGCAUUCCCGGUAACAAGCCGUCGAUGCCUGUGUCUGCUUCGUCCGAGAUGAUCACGUUCCGAUUGGAAAACAACACCGUAUUCACGAUCCGUACCAGCGGUACCGAACCCAAGAUCAAGUACUACUCUGAAUUACGUGGCGACUCUGAAGACCAGGCCAAGCUGGAUUUGGCCAAGGUGGUGGAAGCCAUUGGCAUGGAAUUGAUGGAAUACGAAAAGAACGGUCUUCAGAAGAAGAAGAGCGAUUAA